AUGAAGUUUGGUGCUCUUGCUUCAUCAAUUCUCUGCCUGGCUGCGAGUCAGCUUGUCACCGCAGAGACCUCCACCUCGACGUUGACAAAUACUAUCACUAAAACGCUGGUCCGAGUCAGCACUGUGACUUCAGCAGGGGACGAGCCGGCCUCAACCACGAUCCAUUCUUCUGUCAUCCCUGCUAGUGCAACUGCUCCCUUUAGAAGUGGAUUUGUCUCGAGCACUCCGCUGCACUCUGCCAGCGCUUCCUCGACUUCGACCGCGUCGACCAGUUCGUCCGCUUCUGGAACCCCGCACUCGGGGGCAGGCCGCACUGGAGAUUCUGGCAUGCCUGCGGCUCUUGUUGCUGGCUCGUUGGCUCUUGUACUGGGCUACUGGUAA